UCUGAGCUCAUUUAGGAAACCACAUUCGCUGCAUGGCACUCUACAGGAAAACAACAACUCACCUUUGAAAAAACCCUGUGUGAGAAACCAGUAACUCCGGUUCACAGUUUGAAAAUUUCAUUGCUGUUUCAUCCAGCUUCCUCUUGCAGGUGCUCCCCAGGUUUGUCACGAUGCAUAAAUCCCAGAGGUGCACAGUAUUCUACAAACCAGUUGGAGAUGUGAAAGAAAUCAGGUCUGGGUAUCUGCUCAAGUCUCCUCCCGCCAAACAAUUGAAGAUAGAGAAAUCGUGGAAGAGGAGAUACUUUGUGCUGUUCAAGGUCAGCAGCAAUGGACAUCAGCUGAAGUACUUCAAAAGUGCGGAGGAAAAGGAGAGGCCACUUGGAGGGAUAGAUUUGGAACAUAUCUCACUGUUGAACGUGAGCCCUCAGCAGCACCAGAAGUGGGGAUGGGUCCAUGAGAUGUUCAAGUGCGCCCCGUCCUGCGUGCUAUACAUCAGCGCCGCCGGGCGGGACUACUUCCUGGUCGGGGAGAACAGUGAUGAAGUGGACCUGUGGUUCUCUGACCUGUAUGACGCCCUGAAAUACAGGCCACAUAAAUUGUUGAAUUCCGAGGACUUGUUUAAUGGGCAGCAAACAGCUAUGGACGUUUCAAAACCAAUAAUGCCGAAAAACAAUUCAGCCAUUGUGUGUGAAAAGCCAUCACCAAAAAUACGGUCCUUCACUGAACCGUUGUCCAACACUGACAAAUCAAAGCAGAGUGGAGAUUGCUCCAAGAGACCUGUAUCAUAUCCCAUGAAUCCGAUCUAUGACUACCCGAGAUUCCACUUCCACCAAAACCAGGUCGAGGUAGAUGGUUUGACCCGCAGCAAGGCAAAUGGUUCAACCCGCAGCACGGAGUUUCUAUAUGUACCGAUGAAGGAACUGCACGAUAAGGGCCCUGAGGUGAAAGAGGACCCGCCUGGGACCCUGAUGAGGUCUGUCAAUCAGGUCUUUGACAGACAUAAGACCCAGAAACAAGCUGACGACAGGGAAGACACGCAUCCUUCAGACGUCAGCGGCAGCAGCAGCGACAGCGACGAAGGGGCCACCUCCCCUGUUAAGACGCUGGAGAAGCAAACCUCCACAGAGAGUGUCGACCACAGCAUCCCAGAGGAAAGAGAUAUUGAGGUCAAGAAGGUAGAUUUGAGAAAGCACCUGACACUAACAGAGUUGGAUGGGAAACCAAGUGUCUCUGCGUGGACAGGCCAGCCACAGACAGUGUGUCUCUUCCACAAAGGAGACCAAGUUCUGGCAAUCAAUGACCUGCACAUCGGCAGCGUGACAGAGUUCAACACGUACGUGAGCAAGUCGCUGAAGAAUGAGGUGAAACUCACCCUCCUGCGUCUCCCUGGACAUCUGCCUCUGCAUUGCACAAACUGCCCCUGCAACGGCUGACGGAAAACUGACCACUAGAGAUGGAAUCAACUUCUCCUCUUGUGUCUGGGUGUGAUUAAGUGACUCUUUGAGGCGCCUCCUGCCUAUAGCUGGGUUUGUGCCAUGUAGAUCACAGUAUUUUUCCAGGGUUUUGGUCAUUUCCUAUUGACCUGUCCCCCGUCUAGUAAAUGACUUUAAAAACCUACAAGAGCCUGAAUUGAAGGUAAAUAGGACAAAUGAAGGAUAUUAAGACUGCAGUUUGAUGGUGUGUAACUGCUUUGAAAAGACUAUCUGUGCACUACAAGAUAAAUAUAUCUUUAAAUGUGAAAUAAUCAGUAAGACUAUAUAAUCUGCAACUGUACCUCAGGAAUCUUUAAAAACAGAUAAAUACUUAUUGAAUAUAGAGCUGGUGGUCGGUAAGAAGACUUCUAAGAGGAAGUGGUUAUCACAGGAAAUGACACCUCAUUUAGUAAAUGGAGGCAAUAAAAGCAUUUGUGAUUCAUAUAUUAGAACAGACUGGGAGCACAGGUUAACUAUUGAACUUUGCCCUUUAGAUCUGAUCUUAAAUUCACAAAUCACUGAUUAUGUUGUAACGAAAAGAAUCACUUCCUCCUUGUACAGAUUAUUUUCUUUUUUUGCUUUUCUGUCUUUCUGUCUGUUUUGGCCAAAUUUGUAUCCUAUGAUAAACACUGUACAUAUAGUAUCUGAAACACAGCUUAUGGAAAUGUUUGUUUGAUGAUAGAAUUGUAAAAAGAUAAUGUUGUGCUUUGAAAGGAAAACAAAACAAAAGCUUCUAGACCCAAAGUUCGUUAUGUACGUGAGAUUAAAAUGAAGUGCACCAUUUUUUAACUUAAUCCUUUUUUAUCUUGAAAAUACUUGGGGAUGAAUAGCAAAAGAAAAAAGAAGUAAGGAGAGACCAGUGCUUCUUGACGUCCACACCCCAGGACGAGAGUCUUGUGGAUUAAUAUGCAGACAGAAUGGCGUUUCACCUCAUGUCUCUCUGAUUUGAAACAGAAAUGUAAUUUUAAUAUAAAUAGGGGAAGCCGGUUUUCCUUAUAUAGUUCAUGUCUAGUGACCGAGACCUCUCACGAACAAAGACAACAUCAAGUGGACAAUAUCUGCAGGGCCUGUAUUAGAAGUGCUGAGCGGCAUUUAUAUUUAGAAUGCCUUUUUAAUAUAUAGGUCCAGUGACCAGUGUCCCCAUAGAGCAAGGACAAAGCAGGCUACACUUAGAUUACAUUCACACCACUGCUCCCCUCAGGGUAAUGAAUCCAUCAAUCCAAGGUUAACGUUUCAACUUUUAAUGGAGCUAUUGCACAGAUAUGAGAAAAAGCACAUUUAUUUUUUUACAUCCAUUCUUAACUGUGAUAUUAAAGCUGUGCUCGAUGACUAAUUCACUCUCUUGUAAAUAAAUCCGUCCUUUUUUUCGACUGUGUUAUAAAAGCAGCUUGUACUGGGAAAAUAAAUCUGUUGAGAUGAUUCUGAAUAAAAUUUGGACCAGAUUAUUAAAACACUGA